GACGGGCACUCCGCCAUGGGCCUUCAGGGUGUCCGCACCUCACCGGCGUUGCCGCCGCCGCCGCCCCGGCCACUGCCGCGCCUGCAGCUUGGCGCGUUGGCGCUGGCGCUGGUGCUGCAGGUAGCGGCGGCGGCGGCCCAGCUCCAGGCGCGCGAGGAGCCGCCGCCCUUCCGCACCGAGCUCUUCCCCGAGCAGCUGGAGCAGCAGCGCCUGCAGCUGGCCACGCAGUCGCUGCAGGGCGAGCUGCAGGAGAUCCAGCGUCGCCUGCAGGUGGCGGCGGACCCGCAGCAGCAGGCGCGCUUCCUGGAGGAGCAGGCGCGCAUCUUGUCGCUGCUGCAGGAGACGCAGGUGGCGCAGCAGGACCUGCAAGUUCGGCUUCAGCUCCAACUGAGUGGCCAGCAGGUGCCAUUAGUGCCCGGCGUCCCGCCGCCGCCUCCGCCGCCGCCGACCACCGCACAGCCUCGCGCGCCGCCGCCGCCGCCGCCGCCCAUCGUGAACCGCCAGACGCAGCCGCCCCCGCCGCCUCCGCCGCCCGCGCCCGCCCCGGCGCCCACGGGCCCGCUGCCCGACGCCGGGCCGCCGUGCGCCAUGGACUCGGGCGAAGCGGGCACCUGCCGCCCGCUCGUCAAGUGCAUCACCUUCUACGCCGAGCUGCCCGACCUGCGCAAGCAGACGUGCGCGCUCACCGCCGACGGUGUGCUCGGCGUCUGCUGCCCCAACAAGAAGCGGCCCGCGGCC